AUGGACGCCUUCCGGCCGGACUUCGAGGCCAGCGCCAUCUCCAUGGACGAGGUGCGCGAGAUCGCCGACAAGGAGCCCACGCCCAUGUCCCUGCAGCAGAUGCGCACCUUCGCCGACGGCAGCAUGAAGCUGCACGUUCUGUCGGCCAAGUUCGUGCACAAGGAGCUCCAGUCCCGCUACGCGCGCGCCAUCAUGGAGCUGUCCGACCUGCCUGUGGGCCUGAGCGACACCACGUCGGUGCGCCACGCCAUCAACUUCUACCGCUACGAGCUGCAGAGCAUUAACCGCAUGAAGUCGCCCACCAACGCCGCCGAGGACCUCGUGUUCACCGAGAAGAUCCGCAACGCCAAGGAGCGCGGCUCCAACCUCGUGCCGCUCAUCUGCUACGGCCUGCAGGAGCUCAAGGCAACGGACCUCGGCCAGAGCGCGCUGCAGCUCGAGACCGUGCAGGAGGACAUCUCCUCCCGCCUGGACAAGUUUUUCCUCGGCCGCAUCGGCAUCCGCAUGAUCAUCGGACACCACGUCGAGUCGCUGGAGCACACGGGCGGCCGCGUCCACCUCGUCAACGCAGAGCAGGUCGUGCGUGACGCGUGCGAGCGCGCGCGGAGGCUCUGCAUCCAGUACUGCGGCGUGGCGCCGCCCGUGCAGAUCCGGGCUACGCCCAGCGCCAACAUGCCCUUCAUGUACGUCGAGUCGCACCUGCACCACAUGGUGUUUGAGCUCGUCAAGAACUCGAUGCGCGCCACCGUGGAGCACCACCGCUCCCGUUCGCAGCCCCAGCCCCGCGGCAAAGUGAACCGCUUCGAGCGCGUGAUGAACCCGAAGAGUCCGUCGCUGGGCUUCUACAUCCCGUCCGUGCAAGACGUUGCAGGGGUCAAGAUCUACCCGGACGUGAGCAAGUACAGCGCCGGCGACGACUUCCCUCCCGUUGAGAUCGUGAUCUGCCAGGGCAGCGAAGACCUGACCGUCAAGGUGAGCGACGAGGGCGGAGGUGUGCCUCGCAGCCGCUGGAACAAGCUCUGGCACUACGACUACACCUCGAGUCCUCUGUGCCCGCCCAUCGACUCGGACAACUACCCGACGUACCACGAACACUUCAGUGGCGGCGGCUAUGGUAUGCCAAUGGCACGAUUGUUCGCUCGGUACUUCGGCGGUGAAGUUGUCUUCAGCUCGCAGGAGGGGUCCGGCUCGACGGCGUUCAUCCAGGCACACCGACUGGGGACGAACAUGGAGUUGGUUCCUCUUCGAAGGCAGAUGCAGACGGCAACGUCGCCCCCUCCGCACUGGCAACUGCGCCGUUGUGCAUACGCAUAG